AAAGCAUGAGACGCUCUUGUGAAUCAAAUGCAUCAAAUGAUAACAUCAUGGCUAAAAAGGCAAGAGUAACAAUGACUCUAACUAAUGAUUUGUCAUCUGUUGCUCUAGAAACUAUUCACAUGUCUAGUCCUGGACUCGAUCUGCAGUCUGAUUGCUCAACAGAAAUUGUCCAAGCUGAAAAUGAUUCUCAAAUAGCACAUGAUGAAGACAGUUUGCUGACAGAAACUGGUUUUGGUACCAUCAUUAUAUUAUACAUGGACAUUACAGAGCCAUUAACAACUCUGCGUGCUAUCUUGGAGCAAAAAACUAGAAUGGAUAUGUCUGAAUUUCAGUUUUUCUUACAAGAUACCCAAGAGUUGGAUGCUACCAAAAAUUUAGUCAAUCAGUGUGUCCAGGGAGAAGGCAUGGUCCAAAUAAAUGUAGAAGUUAUAAACAAAGAAGGUGUGAAGAAGAUAAAUAUAAUUGAUGUUCUCAAGCCUGCAGAAGAAAUUCCUUUGUCACCUGUGUUGAAUUCCCAAGGAGACACCACGUUCGUAGAAUCACCACCUACACAGAAAAUAAAAAUAACUGCCUCUGAGGAUUCUCAUCAGGUUACUCGCUGGACGAUUGCUCCUCAAUUUCGGAAGCUACAAGAAACCUAUAAUAUUCCUGUGGAUCCUAGUUCUUGGACUGAAGAACAUGUAAAACAGUGGUUUCAGUGGGCUGCUAAUCAUUUCAAUCUUGCUGAUGUAAAAGUAAGUGAUUGGAAUAUCUCAGGGAAGGAACUAAUGGCUAUAAAUCAUGAAAACUUCUUGAAAAAAGUACCAUUUGAUCCAGGAGAUUUAUUUUGGACACAUUUGGAGUUACUACGAAAAUUUAAAAUAGUUGCUAUCAUCCAACCACCAACAUAUAUUUCUUCAGAUGGAGCAACUAAAAACAUCGUUUUAAAAAAUCGGCCUCGUGCAACUCCCAGAAUAGGAACACCCAGAAUCUCAUAUGAAGGCUGUCCAGGUAAUCAUACAGGAAACAAUGGCCAGAUUCAACUAUGGCAGUUUCUCCUGGAAUUAUUAACAGAUAAAGACCAUCGUGAUUUCAUUCAGUGGGUUGGAAAUGAUGGAGAGUUUAAGCUUAUUAAUCCUGAAAUGGUUGCCCAGUUGUGGGGUCAAAGAAAAAAUAAACCAACUAUGAAUUAUGAAAAGCUGAGCAGAGCUCUCAGAUAUUACUAUGAUGGAGAAAUGAUAGCUAAGGUUCAUGGAAAGCGAUUUGUAUACAAAUUUGUUUGUGACUUAAAAAGUCUGUUAGGUUAUGAUGCAUCAGAAUUAAAUAGGUUGGUAUCAGAGUGUGAAAUUAAAAAAAUGGAAAACCAACCACAUACUGCUACAAUUUUAUCGUUUCAGACUAUUGAUUCAAAUUCUGGUUCUUAAUACAUUUAAGGCUAUUAUAUAGCAUGUUGUGUAUUUUUCAUGAAGAGAACUUUUCUGACUGAAAGCCAGGUGUAUUCCAAGAUUUAAUUAUGCACAUUAAUUUCAAGCCAUAAUGUAUUUUUUAAUGUAACAUUUUUAUUUUUUACAUAUGAAAAGAGAAAUGAAAUGUGUUCUUCAUUUCAUCCAGAAAAAAUGUAUUACUUACCCUUUAACAGUAUGCAAUGAUUAUUAAUGGAGAAGAAAUUAAUGAAUGCAAAUAUCUGCUGUUAAUGUUGAAUUAACUCUUUUAAGUUUUGAAAUAUGGGGAUACGCCAAUAAUUUUCAUACUCAGGACUUAACAGUGUCUUAACACACAAUGAACUUGGGACCAGUACUCAUAUUUUCUCAUAAUACCCAAGUGAUGUUGAACAGUGUUCAUCUGAACUUUACAUUAAAUGCAUAUACUGAAUAUUGUGAGAUACAGUAGUCACCAUGAAUGGAUGUUCUGCAUUUCUUAAACAUUUAAGAAAUAAUUUUAAAUACAGUCAAAAGUCGUCAAAAAUUAGGACACCCAUAAUCCGGACCUCAAAGCUACAAACUUUCUGUGCAUGCAUCGAGUUGAUGCACAGAAAGUUUGUAGCUUUGAGGUUUAUGUGUACGUUAGGCGUUUAUGUGUCCGCAUAAGACCUUUACGGCUGCGAAUAUGCGCGUGCACAUAAAAUGUUUACGCAUGCACGUUUAAUGUAUAACGGACGGUAUAAGCUAAGCUAAAAUUAUCUAAUUCAGUUA